GCUGGCACUCUUGCUGGGCUCGGCCUCACCUGAGCCUCGCCCUUUUCUGCCAUGGCUGCUCCACUACUAGGGCCUACCCGCAUUCCCCGGUGGAUCUCGGCUCACCGCUCCCUGGAUAAGGCCUUGCAAGGACUGGCGAAGCUGCAGCAGCUGGUGAGCCAGCCUCAGCUGGGACUCCGAAACAGCCCUCCUUACCUGCCCCACAUUUUGCCUCAGACACACCAGCAUCUGCGGCUCAUUCGGGAACAAUCCUGGACUUGUGGGGCCCAGCUCUGGGAGGGAGGAUAUUUCCAUGUCUUCCUCAGCAACCUGCUGGAAAAGAUUAAGCAAGCCACGCGGCUUUUCAAGAGAGACAAAGACGAGAUCUUCCAAGAGGGUUCAGCUUCCAGGCGAAACCUGACGAAACUUUCCUUGAUCUUCAGUCACAUGUUAGCUGAACUGCAAGCACUGUUCCCGGAAGGGAGAGACCACGGCUGCACAUACAAGCUCAACAAGCCAGAGGCACAGAUUUUCUGGAGAGAGACGUGGGAAGGCAGGAGCCUGGUUUCCUGGUCCGAGUUUCAAGAAGGACUCCAUCGGGUGCACCCCAUAGACCCUGGGCCAAUGGCCAUCGCCUUGAGGUCCACCAUAGACCUCACAUGCAACGGGCACAUCUCCGUAUUUGAAUUUGACAUUUUCACUCGCCUCUUCCAGCCGUGGUCAACACUACUGAAGAACUGGACGUACCUCGCAGUGACGCACCCCGGGUAUAUGGCCUUCCUCACUUACGAUGAAGUGAAGGAGCGACUGCAAGCAUACGCCAGCAAGCCCGGCAGCUACAUUUUCCGGCUCAGCUGCACCCGGCUGGGCGAGUGGGCCAUCGGCUACGUGACAGAUAAGGGGAACAUCUUGCAAACCAUCCCACAAAACAAACCACUCUUCCAGGCGUUGAUUGACGGGCACAAGGAGGGCUUCUACCUCUAUCCAGAUGGGAAGAAUAUCAAUCCAGACCUGACUGAAUUAAUGGAGGCUUCAUCCCAAAGCAGGAUUCAAAUCUCACAAGAACAGUUUGAGCUGUAUUGCCAGGUGGGCUCCACUUUCCAGCUCUGCAAGAUCUGUGCCGAGAAUGACAAAGAUGUUCGGAUCCAGCCGUGCGGGCACUUGCUGUGCCACAGCUGCCUCAGCACAUGGCAGCUUUCUGAAGCUCACACCUGCCCGUUUUGCCGUUGCAAGAUCUGGGGUCACGAGGACAUCCUCAUUGACCCCUACAAGGAGGAGAACCCUGGCCUAGAGGAAGAGGAUGAUGAAGGAGAUCUGGAGGAUGUGGAGUCUGUGCUGCAGCAGCUGGCGCUCAUGCGGAAAGGAAGUGGGGUGCAGAGUCCCAUUUCCUCUCCACACCUGGACGCUGAGUUGCAAACCCCUCCGGUACCCCCUCGGGUAAGCCGUCCGCAACAGCCGAAUAAUUCGCCCCUCCCUAAUCCUGCCUAUCAGACUGCCUCCUCCACCCAUCACUGGCUGCAGCAGCGCCCCUUGCCUAACCUCCCCCAGGAAAGCCCACAUUCUUCAGUCCCGUGGGAUGCCGCUGCUGCCCCUCUGUUCGCUGGGGGUCUGCCAGAGCCAGAGCAGCCGAGCUGAUGGGGGCCAAGAUAGCAGAGAGACAGCUCUUGGGAGUGGUCUCCUCUACCGGCACGAGGAACACCAUAUCAGAGGAGGGGCUUUCUGCACGAUUAUAGUCCCUCUCCGUGAACUGCCAUGAGGACUAGAGUCUCGCCUCUCUUUUUUGCUGAUUAAAUGAAAGCGAAUUCCACAAGUCACUCCAUGUUGACCACCUUCUGUACUUGCUCGGAAGCUGUUUAGGUCUAAUCCUGGCCUUGUCAGAUCAUCUGGCACCAAGCACCUGCCACUCAAGCCUCAGGCUUCCCACCUGUCAAUGACGACAAGAAUGGCCAGCUGUCCAGAAAAAGCAACCCAGGCAUGCUCUUGUGCUUUUAACGGCAACAGAAGUUUUCAUACCUCGAGGGAGAUACGUUCCCCAUCUCUUCCUGAAGCUCAGAACGAAGCAAAAGCAAAAACUGGAAACAUGAAAGAUCUCCCUGAAAUUUCUCCUUCUGCUGUCAUGAACAGGAAUGCCAAACUAAUUGCAUCAUCUUGUACAUACUGGAUAAAUCACCCGUAAUCAAAAUGAACCUCGCCACGCCUGGAGCAACUGCAUGACAGAUUUCCAUAUAGGGAAGAGGUUGAAUCCCGUGAUUUCUGCCUGUAAUCCUGGACCAAAACUUCUUGCCUAUAAAAACCUCUGCCAACCUCA